AAUAUUUGCCCAGGUAGAGAGAUACAGAGUCAGAUGAGUUUAUAUAUCAACCACUUAUUCAUUAUGUAUAACGGCGAAUUACUAGAACCAUGACAACCUAUUAUGAGAGACGGAGACUUUUAAAUGAAAUCAGAUCUUUAAUACCACCUGCACCCGGUCAACCCGCAAAACCCACACCGAGCACACCUACCAAUAUCUCCAUCAAUACAAACGUGCAUGAAUACUGCAAUGCCAAGCUGGAAAUAAGGUUAUUAGAAGGGCAGAGAGUAGAAGCCGGUGGUGGUGGUGGUGGUGGUAGGGGCUGUGGAAAUAGCCAUAGCUUGGAGGAUGAAGAAGCAGCAACCACGACCACAAGCGAAGGAGGAGGCUUCUUGAGCGAUAAAAGUCCUUUGUCAAGCACUUCUAGCAUAAGCUUGCCACCACCCGCACCGCCUCCGCCGCCUAAUACUUCAAUAGAGGCUAUCCACCUAUCCACGCGUCAUUCCAUGGAUAGUUUGGAUGCAGCUGUCACCCAAACCAAGACGACUGUCGAUCACAACCACUACAACCGUUGCAGCAGCAGCAGUAGCAUCACGAGCACCGACUUGCUCUCACAACAAUACUACUCCCAUUCCAACCCACCGAAAUCUGCAUCGUCUCUACGUUCGAGCUCUCCUUCUCCCUCCCCCUCCCUUUCCUCAGAUCACCCGUUCGUUUUUCCGUUUGCCCGAAAGCAACAUCAUCAACAACAACAACAACAACCACUUAAAACAGCUCACUCACCCACUCGAUUAUCGCCAAAAGCUGCAUUCUACAAAAUUAAAGAUAAAUUUCACAGGUCGCAUGCAUCUUCCACUUCUGCAAAUGCACUUGUUGCAUUAUCAAAUACCCAUCAUGCUUGUCAGCAGGAAAAUAUGAAUCAUAAGGUCAGCUUAAAUCACUAUAGCAACAACCACCCUAUUUCUCCUCGACUCGCAACAACAGGAGAAGAAGAAGAAAAAGACAAAAGUGCACGACAACAGCGGCAGACAUUAACAUUGUCAGCCUCAGCCGACGAUGUGAGGCAUACAUCAACCCAUACUACCACCCUCAGUCCGGCUUUCAAUAAGGACUUGCCAACGAUUCCUGCACGUGUUUCCUCUACACCCAAUAAAAUAUCAAAAUUCUGGGCUACCUAUCAUGGUGGGGGUAACAAUAGCAGCCAUCACAAUGCACAGCACCAAGUAAAAAAGCAACAACAGCUUUAUUCAUCUGGGAUGAGUAAGAACCUAUACUCCCAGUAUCAAGCGAAAAAGCUGACGGAGCAAAAAAUUCAAAUUACAAUGGAUUUAGAAACUUGGUAUAGCCUUAACGUCACCAACAUGAGAGACCCGGUUAUCAUUAAAAAGCAUAUUCUACAAAGAUUGAAUUUUAAAGGCGAGGAUGAUCAGUAUUUGUAUUUUCAUGAGAAUGGGCCAAAUUCAGACACACCCAUGGACCCACAAUCACUGAUGUGCUUAUGUGCGAAUGCAGAUCACACAGCCUCUCAGCGCAUUUUUGUCAAGCCGAUAUCGCCUGAUCAAGAUAGCACUUAUCAUUUCCCUACACCUGCAUUGGGUUCGUCGCCCUCAAUGAUACCCGCUUUUCGUCGAAAGCAACAACAGCAGCAGCAGCAACCAUACCAACCACCUGCCCACCGAUACCCCCAUCCGCUUCUUACGAACACUAGACCUUUACAGAGACAUCUGAAUAGACGACCAGGUAGAGAGCUGUCAGAUCCUUCCAUACCCGUUCAUCCGUAUACCCUUCCCUCAACGUCUGCAUACCACGACUAUCCUCUACCCUCCUCCUCCUAUGGAGCCUAUCACCGUAAGAAUAGUGACUCACUUCUUCCGCAACAACAACCACCCUUAGCUGAAUUACCGUCUGCACACCCUACUUGGAGUCGUUCAGAACCUGAACUUGACCAUUUCAAUAGACUUCAGUUGCGAGAAAAUGUAACUCCACCACCCCUUUCUUCCUCAGCUGUCCCUUCCUCUACUUCCUCUUCCUCAUCUCAUGGUUUAUGGGCAGUGGCACCUCAUCCUCACACACCGGUUUCGGCUGAUGCAUCACCACUCAAAAUAGAGCACAAAACGGCACAGAAGAGUAACAAUGAACUGUUUUGGGGUGAGAGACCUCCUGCUGAAUUAGUAUUUCAACACAUGGAACACUAUUUCGAUAGUCGUGACCUGGAUAAAGAAAUCGUCAUAGAGGAAGAACAGCAACAACAGUCCCCCGUUGUGCCAUCACCGAGAACCCAACGUAGACAGACAAGAAAGUCGAUCCGUCUCGUAGCUCGUGAAGCCAGUCGAAAAUACAAUCCUGACUAUUUCGAAGACGAUGACUACCCCUAUCAGCCACCAUCACGUUCAUCCCUAGCAUCGCUUCCUCCUUCCACAGGAAAUCAACAGCUAUUAUCGUCCUUGCAACCAACGCAGCUACCCAAAACACCGUCUCCUCCUAUGCUGAGACGUAAAAGCACGAAACUUUUUGGUACACGUGUCGUAGAGUUAAAGGCAAGAAGUGCUCAUGUCAUUGCUCGAUUACCGUCUGUAUCGGAGCAUAUGCGACUGGUCUCAUCAUCCCCUUCUUCUUCCCCUUCUUCUUCUUCACCAUCGACAACCCCAGCAGACAUACUUGAGCCUGUUGUCCAAACUAAACCAACAGAGGUUCAAUGGAUUCGUGGUAAGCUGAUUGGCAAGGGCUCUUUUGGACGUGUCUAUUUAGCCUUCAAUGUCGCUACAGGUGACAUGAUUGCUGUCAAACAAGUUGAAAUUCCUAAAACUCCCUCUGACUUGUUGAAUGAACAGCAACAUGAUAUGGUCGAAGCGCUUUUCCAGGAAAUCAUGAUGUUGCGUGAUUUAGACCAUGAAAAUAUUGUUCAGUACUUGGGCUAUGGUAAAGACGAUCAGGAAGGAAUGAUCAAUAUCUUUCUCGAGUAUGUGUCGGGUGGAAGUGUAGCCAGCCGACUCGCGUUGCAUGGUGCUUUUGAUGAUCCGUUGACGCGAUAUUUUACGCGACAAAUUUGCGCUGGUUUAGAGUACCUUCACUCCAAACAUAUCCUACAUAGAGAUAUCAAAGCAGCCAAUAUUCUCGUUGAAGCCGAUGGUGUGUGUAAGAUUUCCGAUUUUGGCUUGUCGAAAAAAAACGAUUACGAGGAAGCGUACGAUCAAAACUCAAGAAUGUCUCUUCGAGGCUCUGUGUAUUGGAUGGCCCCUGAAGUAGUCAAAAAUGAGCCGUAUAGUGCAAAGGUCGACAUAUGGAGUUUGGGAUGCACAGUAUUAGAGAUGUUGACAGGUCAGAGACCAUGGAUAUCAUUGAAUCAGAUGGCGGCUCUCUAUAACUUGGGAAAGCUUAAUUCGCCUACUAUACCCGAUCACAUAUCAGAAUGCGCUAAAGAUUUUCUGAAGCAAUGCUUUAUUGUCGAUCCAUCAAAGCGCCCAACUGCAGCUAAACUCUUAACCCAUGAUUUUCUAAAUAUUGACCCCUCCUUCGAUUUCAAAGACUACGUCGAGAAAGGAAAGGUUUAAAGAUGGGCAUAUCUCCAUCGUGUUUCUUUUUUUUUUAUUUUGUGUUCUCGCCCUAAACACUAGGUUUUUAUUUAUUCAUUGUCUUUUUCUUUUUCCUUCAUUAUUAGCCCCCUUUUUAUUUAUCUUAUCAGCGUGGUUCAAGACGCUAACUUGCUAAAGAUGAAAACAUAGUUCAUAAAAGAAAGCUGGAACAGGUUGUGUUUACAUUUUAAUAUAGCUGAAAACCCAUGCUCGUACAAAAGAUUUAAAUGUGAUUCGAUAUCUUGUCCUUCAA